AUGCGAUGCGCGAACAAGGCCGCCGAGAGCGCGUCUGCACGUCUCUGUGCGGACGCCGAAGCAGAAACUACAGCAACUGAUGUCCCAUCGGUUGCUGAAUCGACUCAGCCUGUAUCACCUGGUGAUGCAGGCGCUGGUCAUGAAGACACUCGUGUCUUCACAGAGUAUGAGCUCGGUGUCUCAUACUCUCCUGAUACGGAUGACGGAUCCGUAUCGACGGCGAUCGAAUCCAAGCCGCCUGCCAAGCGUGGCAUGGAUGAUGCUUUCCGUCGUAGCAUCUUUGGUUCAUCUGAUUCAUCAGAUGAACCAUCGCCGAAGCGAAGGCGCUCGAGGUCGCGAGACUCGGGCGCUAACAGUGGUGUCGUUUCUCCAAUAGACACCACUGCGCAACGAGGUGCCAGUCCUUCUGUCGGCACAUCGCAGGAAGAGCGGGACCACAAUGUCUUGCGUCUAGCUCCUGAGAAGAAGGCAUGGAUGCCUCCUAAAUCUGUCAUGGAUCACUUGUCGGCGACGACGAGUGAUCGUUAUCGAACACGGUUGUUCGAUUCGUCAAGGAUCCAUCACCUUGACCCCAGCGCGAAAAACUAUCGCGCUGAGAAUGAAUUCUUCAUCGAUGCUUUCUUUAAACAUCGAUGGUACAGUGGGAAUCACAAACGUGAUGGUCCCUCACUGCUUCAAGCGUGGAACGCCUACAUUUAUAACCUUGAGGAUGUAGGUCGUGACGUUUGGAACGACAAACUUAUCAAAGCUGGUGAUAAGUUUGAAAAGCGAACCCCGACAGGUGCACGCUACAAGCUGCAUCGUCUGUCAAGGGAGAAAGGAUUACCCUGCCUCUCAUGA